GAGGGCGUAGAGCUCGAAACUUCGUAGUUUGUAUGCAGUUGUUCAACAAAGUCGUCAACAAGUAGCUUUUGACCAAUCUGCCUGAAUAUGCUUUCAAGGAAAACUGUAACAAGUGCUCCAUGCAGCUUUUGCGUGCAGUCCCUCAGGCAUCUGCUGGUACUCUCCUCUCUAUGUCAUUUCAUAUGUGGAUACUCUGAGAGAGACAGAGUACAUGAGUUGAUGUCCAAAUAUCCUCUUAUUGAUGGUCAUAAUGACCUUGCUCUCAAACUGAGGAUACUACACAACAAUCGCCUGAGUCAAAUUGACCUUCAUAAUGUCAGCAAAGUGGCCACCGACAUCAGCCGCCUCCAAGCAGGCCACGUACAGGCACAGAUGUUUGCAGUCUACGUGAUGUGUGGGGCUCAGGAGAAGGAUGCUGUGAGGCUGACCCUGGAACAAAUAGAUGUGGUCAGACGCAUGUGCACUGAGUACAAGGACUUUGAACUGGUCACAUCUGCACAGGAGCUGAAGAAUGCUGAGAUGAGGCAUAAGAUAGCAUGUCUGAUAAGUAUAGAAGGGGGGCACUCGAUUGACAGCAGCCUGCCAGCCCUGCGGAUGUUUUACCAACUCGGAGUCCGCUCCAUGGCCCUCACACAUACCUGCAAUACACCCUGGGCAGAAUCAUCCUCAAACCUUUACAGUGUCUAUCGAAGACAGAAUAACAGCCUGACACACUUUGGGGAGGCUGUGGUGGAGGAGAUGAACAGACUGGGAAUGAUCGUGGACCUUUCCCACACUUCUUGGGACACAGCCUUGGCUGUGCUGAACCAUUCCAGAGCUCCUGUUAUUUUUAGCCAUUCAUCCUCCUACUCCAUCUGUAAGCACAGCCGCAACGUACCUGACUGGCUGCUGCACAGGCUGAAAAAGAACCGAGGGCUGAUCAUGGUGAAUCUCUACAGCAAAUUCAUUUCCUCCAGCGACAAGGCUAACAUCUCUCAUGUGGCUGACCAUUUUGAUCACAUUAAGGAGUUGAUUGGAGCUGAGUCGAUAGGAAUCGGAGGGGAUUUUGAAGGUGCUGCAAGCUUUCCUCAGGGGUUAGAGGAUGUGUCAAAGUAUCCUGCUCUGAUACAGGAACUGCUACAGAGGAACUGGACUGAGAAUGAGUUGGCUGAUGUCCUUCGAAGGAACUUCCUGCGAGUGUUCGAGGAGGUGGAGCGGGUUCGUGAUGAGUUAAGUUUGAACCCACCCAGUGAGGUCCAGAUUCCUGUAGAGGAGGUUCAGAACCCCUGUAGGCUGGUCCUUAGACCUCCUGACCCAAGACUGCUACCCUCUGACCAGAGUUCCUCCUCCAGAGCCCAACAGGGACCAACAGGUCUGCUGAUCCUGGCUAUAGUUCUGCUGCUUUCCAGCCUAUUUAUUAUUGAAUGAAAAUUUAGAAAUUCAGUUAAGCUACACCUUCUUUUAAAGUGCCUUAUUUUUUUAUAAGUAAGGAGAGCUUAAUGAGUUUGCUGUAGUCAUUUUAAGUCAUCACAGCACUCCACAGGUCAGUAAAGAUAAGAGGAGGCGAAUCACUUUCUUACCACCAAUCCAAAAAAAAAAGCAUUCAAAAUGUAGCCCCAUUUGGGAGGUAAUUUAAA